CGCCAAAAGAUGCAAGCACUUCAGCUCAACCCGUUCGUCGAAAACGCUACCGCAAAGCAGGGAGUGCUGCCUGUGCAAUGAGGCGUUAUGGUGGGCCGAGAGUCGGCCUAGCCUAAUUCAAUCUUUGCUGCUGCGGGGAAUCCAAAUUCCCGGCUCCUCGACAGCGCCCGAAGCGACUUUGUCGCACGCACCAACAGCUGUCCACGCCAAGAACUGAACCUGAGGAGCGCCACGGCGCCGGGACCGACUAGCAACUCGCCUGUAUCUCAUCUUAUACUCAUCAGAGGGCGGGUGAAUAAUGGCAGGCAAAGCCAGGGACAUAAGGACCUUCUUCAGGACCGCCCCGCCGCGGAAGCCCGUCGCCGCACCGUCGCCGUCGCUCCCAGUGCAGCCCAGCUACGAGUCCUCGGCACUAUCCCCCCCGCCAUUGGACCCAACCCCACCUGCCCUCAGCUCCCGCGCCGGCCAAGACGCAUCCUCCACGCCGAGCCCGCCGCCUAGCCGCCCGCGAGAGCAGGCGCCGAGACCGCGCGACGCCGUCAUUCAGGCCUCGGACGACGAGGGCUCGUCGGACGACUCGCUCGAGGACGUCGACGCGAUAUGGCGGCGCGCUAACCCCGAACGGGCUGCCGUCGCGGCGGGAGGGCGCGGCAGCGGCGGCGGCGGCGGCGACGGGCGCAGCAAGGACAAGGACAAGGAUGGCCCCGCGACGCCCAGGGCGGCCAAGCGCACGGCGGUCGCGAGCACGCCGCUGACCAUCCGCGCCAAGCGGCUUCAGCAGGCGCACAAAUACGACAUGUCGGCGCUGCUGCGCCUGAACCAGGCCGACCUGGACGCCGAGGCCAGCGGCCAGAGGGUCGAGGCCCUGCUCUCCGACCGCGGCAGGGUCGGUGGCACCGUGGUUGUGGGCGGGACCGGCCGCCGCCGCGGCGACGGGUCGUCGCCGUUCUCUUCGCCGUCCAACCGCGCCAACAACGCACAUGACGACGACAGCGAGGAGGCCCUGGUUCGGAAUCUGGAAGAGUAUAUCCCAGACAACGACGACGACGAGGCGGGCGGCGGCAACGGUAACGGGGCCGCCACUGGGAAAGCGAAGGGGAAGGCCAAGUUGAAACAGGCCAUCAGGCGGACCGAGGCGACCGACGUGGGCCGCAGGUGUUUCUACUUUUUCGGGCGGGACUCGGACCCUGUCGUCGGCGCCAAGCAGACACGCCCGCUGUUCCCCAAGCACUGCGCGACCGGCCGCUGGCGCCUGCUCAAGGCCGUCGGCACCAGAGACCAGCACUUCCUGGCGGGCCUCCCCGAGCAGCUGGUGAGGCGGGGCGCGCAGCUGCAGCCCCAGCAGCAGCAGCAGCCGCUCCCCGACGAGGUCUUCCUCUGGAUCCUCAGGCAGGUGCCGCUGGAGCAGGACAGGAGGCUCCGGGAGCAGUACAUCCUGACGGCCUCGGCCGCCAUCGGGGCCUCGUCCGAGCUUGGCGAUGACGCCAUAGGCGAUCGCGUCGACCAGGCGCUCCUUUUUGAACUCUUUCAGUCGCUAGGGUGCAAGAGGCAGGGCCUGGGAGACGGCAUCGCAGCCGAACUGCCCUUGGAAGAAGAGGUUGCGGAUUACUACGCCGGCAGGGACUGGUCGAACCUCGUAUCCGUCUUGGAGCUGAUCGCCGCCCUCUGUCGCGCGGGAUGUAGCGGCAAAGUCCACCCGCUCCCAUUGUCCACCGUUACGGCUGCGACCCAGCUGCUUCUUCAGCUUGGCCUUGACACGGUUGUUGUCGAGAACGUUACGGUUGUGGUGGGCUAUCGGGCCGCACUUGAGGCACUUGUUGAGUCCGUCACAGAGGGCGACUGGAAUAGUUUCUGUUACGACGUGGCCAAGUGCUUCCACUCCAACGUCAAACCAUCGCAUCUGCGGUGGCAGGCCAUCGGGUCUAUCGGGCCAGACACGGGCCAGCGAUGGCUCCUGGACCUGAAGAGGAGGCUGGCAGCCGUGUGCUUCUUCGACGACCCGGAGCACGCGAGGCGGGGGCCGGACCGGGCCAUCGGGCUCCAGGCCCUCGUCGACCGCCUGGGGUCCGGCGUCUUCCUGGUCAACCACGAGACCGACUACAGGGAGCUGGCGGGCAUGCUGCGGCUCCUGGACGUCACGCUCGCCGACGGCCUCGACCGCGCCGUCGGGGACCUGGACGCGCGGCUGGACCGGCUGUGCCACCAGGUCGAGCUCAUCUGGCGCAAGAUCUACGCCACGGGCGCGGGCCAGUCCUCGAGGCUGGACUCCAAGACGCUGGCGGCCUGGAUCCGGGACCGCAUCAAGUACACGGUGCGGACGCGGCCGCCACCCAAGACGAGCAUCUACGACGGGGCCUUGCUGCGCGACGACGACGCGGGGGCGGGCCUCAAGCAUCAGGACAUCAGGAAUAUGUUCCAGGCCAAGAUCAUGGCCGCGGCCAGCAAGCGGGACGACAGCACCAUCUAUGUGCGGACUUCCUAAGUUGAAAUCAGGCGAGGGGCAAGAGGAGUCACGAAAGACGCUGUUGUACCAUCCGGCUCCUUUAAAUGGGCUUCACAUGACGUCGAUAUGCAGGAAAGAUAAAUGUGUGCAAAGUGCAUAAUACACAGACUUGUAAAAGGAAAAUAAGAGAGAUACCCACACAUGCCCAAGCUGCUGCGCCCAUGCAAUGGACGUUUGCGGAGCUGGUCGGACCACCACAGUCACAUGCUAAUAGUAGUUGGCCUUUUUUUUGUUUUGUCG